AAAGAUGGCGGAGUUGGACAUCGGGCAGCACUGCCAGGUGGCGUCUUGCCGGCUCAAAGAUUUUCUUCCAUUUAAAUGUGAUGCCUGUUCAGGAGUAUUUUGCCUUGAACACAGAAGCAGGGAUUCACAUAACUGUCCUGAGGUGGCCAUAAUCAACUCAGCUCCAAAGUCAGAUAAGCAGUCUUCUUACCCAUGUUCUUUCAAGGACUGUGCUGAAAAAGAACUUGUGCCCGUUACAUGUCCUUACUGUGAGAAGAACUUUUGCCUGAGACACCGGCAUCAGUCUGAUCAUGAAUGUGAAAAGCUGGAAACCCCAAAGCCUCGGAUGGCUGCGACUCAGAAACUUGUUCAAGAUAUUAUUGAUUCCAAGAAAGAAGAGGCAGUAAGAAAGAGACGGAAAGGUGCAAAAAAUAGUGAAACGGCUGCGAAAGUGGCACUGAUGAAAUUAAAGAUGCAUGCUAAUGGAGAUAAAUCAUUACCACAGACAGAAAGAAUUUACUUUCAGGUUUUCUUACCUAAAGGGAGCAAAGAGAAGAGCAAACCGAUGUUCUUUUGCCAUCGGUGGAGUAUUGGGAAGGUCAUAGAUUAUGCAGCUUCCUUAGCUAGUCUUAAAAACAACAAUAACAAAUUAACAGCUAAGAAAUUAAGGUUAUGUCACAUGACUUCAGGAGAAGCAUUACCAUUGGAUCAUACUUUGGAUACCUGGAUUGCCAAGGAAGAUUGUCCUUUAUAUAACGGUGGAAAUGUCAUCUUGGAAUAUCUGGAUGAUGAAGAACAGUUUUUAAAAGAUGUCGAUUCUUACUUGGAAUAAUCAGGAUUCAAGCCAGGAAUCACAAUGACAACUAUGAAUUUUAUUUCUUGUAUUAGGAGUGUUAUAUCUUGUGGGGAGCUGAAGCCUAGUAAGUCUCUAGCAGAUGCCU